AUGGCUGACAACAGCUCCCCAAAUUACGAAUCUCUCUAUCUGCAGGCGGAAGAGAGACGGAAGCAGGAAGAAGAGAGACGGAAGCAGGCAGAAGAACGCGAGAAGCAGGCAGAAGAACGCGAGAAGCAGGAAGCAGCAGGGAGACGUCAAGCAGAAGAGCGCAACCAGCAGACCUCUUUCACAGAGCUCUUACAGUACUGCCAUAAGCUUCUCUCCCGCCAGUUGAGAGUCGAGACACCGUCUCGCUCAACCACUGGCAAAAUUCCCCUUCCCACCGGAAAAUAUUGCCCAACUCGAUUGGAACAUUGGGCCGAUUGCCCAGAGCAGCUGCUAAGAGUCUACAGGUCUGUCCACCAAUAUUUCCAGUCGGCACCGGAACGGGCGCCACGUUUAUUUUCGUCUCUACCGGAGUUAGAAGGACUUGGCCGUCGGUUUGCUCGCAAGCCACUCAGUAGUGAGCAAGAUCUCGAGGCCUAUGAGCGCUUUGGAGUAGAAGAGCAUGUCCAUGACAUAAUAGCCGAGUUGUGCAAAAUACCAGCGGCUUGUGAUGAGUUCGGCCUCGGUGAUGGAAUCCAGUUCAGCAAUCACUCAAAUUCUUUGAGCAGAGACGAGAUAUUUGGAGCAGAUGCCAGUCAGUUGUCAAGCACACCUCACCCACGACCCGACCAGUUUUGCAUUCAUCGUGUCGACGGUAACACGAAUACCCUCCUGACGACUGUCGAGUACAAGCCGCCUCACAAACUACCUGUUGCAGCUCUUCGCAUGGGACUACGACCAAUGGAUCUAUGGAAGACAAUGGUCAGAUCAAAUAAAAUACCCACGGAGCAGGAUGCAAAACUGAGGUACAACGCAGAGCGGUUAGCCUGCUCUGCUGCGGUCCAAGAAUACCAUGCAAUGUUUGAAGAAGGAUGUGAAUAUUCCUACGUGACAAAUGGACUAGUCCGUAUCCUACUUCGUGUUCCACAUGACGAACCCACCACUCUCUAUUACUUUUUCUGCGAUCCCCACAGCGAAGUAGACCCAGCGGGCGAGAUGACUUCCGAGCUCUCGAAGACCUCCGUUGCGAGGAUAUUAUGCCUCUGUUUGAUGGCAUUCCGAUCACCCGCCCGUGGGCAAGAAUGGAGAAACCGCUGGCGGCCCCAUCUUCAUACGUGGGAAACAAGCUUUGAACAUACACGUUCGCAGAUUCCGAGCAAAGAAUUGCAGCAGAUCCCCCACUCCGAUAGCACAAACCCUGAGUUUCCGAGUCCAGAGUCUGGCUCGCCCUAUGAGCUACCGUCAUCAUCUCCCUUACCAUCUCCCUUAGAGGGCCGUCGAGUGCCUACACGAUCCCAAAACAGCUGUGCACCUUCGGAGAUCCGAUCACGCUCGCGGUCACCCAACUCGUCCGGCUCCGACACCAAUCAAGCAGCUGGCCAUAAGCGGAGGAUCAGCCAAGUCACGCCUUCACCCUCCGCUCGUCGAUCAGGUCGCCAGCAAAAAGCAGGGCAUGACCAAGAAGACCAUUCUCGACGCCGCGCUGCACAAUUUUGUACGCAGCGCUGUUUACUCGGCCUUCAGACCGGGAAGCCUUUAGACGAGUUGUGUCCAAAUGUAAGCCAUCAUCGUGAAGGCCAGAAUGACACAAGCCAGCAUCCUAUCUCGGUCGGAGAUUUGAUGCUCUUACUGAAAAGCCAAUUGGACGAAAAUAUCGAUCGUUGCAUUCCUCUUGGGGGCUGUGGCUCCUACGGUGCCCCGUUCAAACUUACUUGCAUGAAAUAUGGUUAUACGGUUAUCGGCAAAGGCACCACUUCAGGAUUGUGGAAAGAGGUUUCUCGAGAGGCGCAGGUAUAUCAAAUCCUGCGGAGGGCUCAAGGGUCCGCCGUGCCUGUGUUCUUGGGUACUGUUGACCUAGCAAAAAUCUACUUUCUCCAUGGCGCUGGGCAAAUCCGCCAUAUGCUCGUAAUGGGCUGGGCAGGUGAAAGCGUAGCGGCGAUGGAGCUGACGCAACGGCUCCGCCGGGAGAUUAAGAAAUCGAACAAGGAAAUUAAAGCUCUCGGAAUAAUACAUGAAGACCUGAGGCUAGACAAUGUUCUUUGGAGUGAAGAGCUCGGGCGUGCUUUGAUCAUCGACUUUCACCGCUCUACUCUGAGAUGCCGACCGGCUAAGCAUCGACCGGGAGCCGCAAAACGACGACUAUGUCAAGCAGAGGCAGCAGAUGCGAAACGUGUCCGUGUUUCGUAA